AAAGAAAUAGCGUUUUGAAAUCUGAAGUGGAGAACAGAGGAAAACAAUGGCAACAAUUGCAGGCAGAUCACCGGAAGAAAAACCGAACAAUUAUUCGGGGGAAGAUCAUAUUCCGAACAUACGGUGGAUCGAUUACGCGGUGCAGCAAGCUCAGUUUGCGCAGGAAACAAUCGAAACUUCCGUCGAGAACGCAAUCCAAAGCACCAGAUCGAGAGUCAAUCGCAUUAUUAACACCUCCGCCGCUGAUUUCAAUCAAACCAUUUAUUCUUUGCAAGAGGUAAAGUCUGCAUAUAGCGUGUAUGAGGAUAUUGCUUUUGGGAAGAUUAAAGAGGGUCUUCUUGUUGCUGCUUCCUAUCCAUUGGUCACAACAGGAGCUGUUCUUGGUUUAGGAUUUUUGGGUUUUAAAAGGCCUAGGCGAUUCUUGUACUACAACACAAUGCGUCUUUUUGUCAGUGAAGAGGCGUUGCUUUCUAGGGCUGAUGCAAAAGUCAAGGAGUUGCGGCAAUCAAUUGAUUUUUUGAAGGCGGAAACUGAAAAGUUGGAGAGAAGUGCAUCUCAAGCUGAAGAAGAGUUGAAACGGGGGAGAGCAAAACUCAGGCAGACAGGAAAGCAAAUUCAAAGUGUCAUUAACUCUGCAUACAAAAUAGAAAGACAGGCUGGAGGCUUGAAGGAUGUUCUUAAGGAGCUUCCCAGUAGAGAAGCAUCUCGAUUUCGUUCUCAAGUUUCUAACCUAGCUAAAGAGGCGAAGCAAGAAAGAAAUGCUCUCACCAAGGAAGUCACGAAGAUCAGCAAUUAUGGGAUUUCUGUCUGAAUUACUCCAAUUUAGGUUUCAUUUCCAUAUAUAGAAAUUCUAUGGUAAUAGUGGGAUUUGGGUAUUGUCUUCUUUUUACUGAGUGAAUUGAAAACCCUAAAUCUGUAGCUGGAGAGAAAUCAGUUCGAUUAUCACAGAGAUCAUAUUUAUUGCCCCACCUCUUCGUAAAUGACUGAUGAUUCCGAAUAAAGUCAUAGCAGGGUUAAACUCGAGAUUUUUUUGUAUCCCUCAAUAUAUUCAUGGCCCCUUUUUCAUCGAACUAUUUCUAUUGUCACUAGAAAUUCUAGGAAUGAUGUGUCCCAUUGCUUCGCUUGUUAUUUGAUUGUAGUUUUUUUUU